AUGGCGACCAUUACAGAGGUCUCCAAGAGGUCAGAGGUGAAAGAAGGCGUAAUACCAUCACAUGCACGCAGCGCUCUCCCGCGGGGUCCCGGAACGCUUCCUGAGCUGACGGUCACGUCCAGCUCCCCUAGGCGCACGCGGUCUGGAAGAGCUGCAGUUGCGACGCGCGCGAUCAGCACAGAAAGGCAAAGAGUACCCAAAGCCCUCAGGCCGGUAGACUCGGAGGUUGACCGGAAAGAUGAUCGCGCAUCUGCAUCCACCAAGCCGGAUGGCAGCUCGACGUCCAGGGCUCGAACAGCGUCACCAAUUGCAACCAAAGAGGGACAUGGUGCGCCGUCCUCGACAAGCAUCACGAGGGAGUCACGGCAGGCCAAGGUAGCCGAAAGGCUGAGACAAAAGGCGAAGAGGGCAGCGUCUGGUAAGACUUUGGUGUCUCAAGUGAACGAGCAGGCGGGGGAGCGUGCAGGGGAUCAUGAGUCGCACCGUCAGCAAGAAGAGGCGGAAGGAGAGGACACGAUGAGAGUGGUCUUGUCCACCUCUUCAGACGGGUCGAGCGCGCAUUCUACCUCGGACAAGGAGAAUGUACCACUCGCUCAGGUCUCUCAGAAGGGCAAAGCAAAGGGCUGGCAUCUGACUCAAGACCAAGAAAAUUCGGGUUCGAACGCUUCCUCCUCUUUUGGGAAGAUGGAAGAGCAGCAGCAUUCGACGCCCAUUGCUGCUCGAACUUCUGAGCAGCGGGCCAGGCAAGAUGCGAGGGUCCGAACUCCGCUUGUCGCGCUCCCUUUAGAUGAUGAAAGACAGCCACGUCUGAGUACUUCGUCCAUACUCGACGCGCACAGGCUCGGCUCGCGGUCGUCUGGCCGCUCGAACGGCUCUCGAGACUCUGAAGGCGAGAGGGAGGGUCUCAAUCUCGGAGUCAUAGCUGAUCGACCAGCCAGACCGGCGGAUUUGAGCUCGCACGCGCAGCUUUCUCGUCUAGCUUUGCCAAACAAAGCGACAUUCAAGAACUUUGAUCCGAGCCGCAGGACCACGGUCAGAUCUCCCCUCGUUCCUGCAAACGACAGCGAAGGUGCAUUCGACAAGCUCAGAAGGGAAAGACCUGAAGCUAGCUCGACAAAGGAAAAGGUGGCUCGAAUGUUUGCGUCCCCAUCGUCUAGAGGUGCUUUGCGAGCCUCUCGAGGCAAACCUAGCAUUCCUUCCAGCGAUGCGGCCCGUUCUCUCGAGGGACAGAUCAGAUCGGAACCUUUAUCGAAAGGUACUAUCAGCAAACAUCCACGAGCUGGGCAGGUCAAGGUGGAGGCGCCGCCUAUAGUAAGGCUCGAAGAUGAGUCCAUCGACCUGGACGAUCCAUUUGGUUUCGAACAGGCUGAAGAUAACCUCAAAGCAAGGAGAGCUGAAGCAAGACUGGCGUCCGGGAAGGAAACGCAGGAGGCGAACGAGAUUGAUAAUGCAUCCUCUGAGCAGACCAGCAAGACAGGCGCAGAGGAUGCAAGGAAGCAGGAGACUCGGGAUGGAAGUGCAAGCUCGAGCCAGCUGGAGCGAGCGCAGCGAGCUCGACGUGCAUUCUCCGCAAGCAACUCCAUCGGCUCCUCGGAAUCUUCGCUGCCUGACGCUUCCACAACCCUGCUUCAGAACACGACCACGCGCAGGGCAUUCAUUGGCGAGCAGUCGAUGGAAUAUGGCGGCGAGGAAGAGGCAGAGAUUACUGCAGAGCUAGCUCCCAUUCGCAGAUCUACUAGACGAAAAGUAGCUACUUCCAAAGCUCUUGAAUACUCGCUCGCAAGUUCAUCGGAAGGGUCUGCAACAAUCUCCAAGAAGAGUUCGCUGCCGAGCGCGCGAGAUGAAGUGAUCGCCUUUUCAUCAACCUCGAGUAGCUCGAUCAAAGACGCGGACAGCGAGACUGGUUCGGAACCAGAAGAAUCGGAUCGUAUGACAUUGGAUGAUCUGGUGAGACUUUUACCUAGAGCUGGGAAAGGCUUGCAGAAGCGCACAGCCCGAUCUAGCCUAGGCGGCGCUACGAAGCGCAAAGGCCCGGGCGCCAAAGCCUCCACUCGUACAAAUUCGAGAAGCCGUACUCGAGCGACGAAGAAGGAUGCAAAGUCCACACGACGCAAAGUCGAUCUUGUCGAAAACCAAAGUGAAAGCGAGGCGCCUGAGCUCAGCGGCCAAGACUCUGAUGUCCAGAUUUCGAAAAGGAGGCGCAAGGCAUCGACAACUGCAGCAGGAAAAGUCCAGUCUGGCAAGAAGCAGAAGAAGGGUCAAGAAGAGUCUUCAUCAGUCGGCACGCGUGCAUCUUCUCGAUCCCCCGCCAAGGGACGACGAGUCAGGCGAGGCCAAGAAGGUUCGGCUCGUCGUGACGUUCGUGACGCCUCUGCACCUGCGUCCGAUCGAGCAGGAGGCGAACAUCAAGACACAUCUAGAACCCGAACUCGCAAGAGGAGGAUCCGAGAGAUGGAGGAGCUGGAUCGCUUCCAAUUAGAGUCAGAGUUUGUUAUCUGA